AUAGAGGAUGCAUACGGAUGUCAUCGAAAGCUGAUCUUCAAUGUGACGCCGUUGUUCCUGCCCGCGAAACCUACAGUUGCUGCCUAGUGCUAUAACCAUCCCUUGAAUCUCUCUUCUAGAACGAUCACAUAAUUGAACAUCAUUACAUAAACACCAGUAUGCCCGGCAUGAACAGAGCACAGUUCCUGGAGAAGUUUGUAUAUGCAGUUGAGAAAGACCUUGACGUCAAUGGCAGUACUGCAUCAUGGGCGGCCUCUGACCAGAAGCCAGCUCAUCGGUUUUGGGGUGAAGAAGACUACAAGAUCGAGGUUCCACAUGGCGAUAACACUCAAUAUGGUACAACGUUAUCUGCACUUAGCCCUGAUAAGAAGUUCAUUGCGACCUCGAGUGGAGCAAUGGUUAGCAUAUUCAACAUCGAAACAAAAGAAUGUUGCUUGACGUUCAAGGGACUUGUAAAGUCCGCGAUUGGGAUCGAUUUCAUUCCAGUACUGACCAAUGCUGGAGGAUAUUCUCUUAUGAUAGCGACCGCCAAUCAGCCAGAAGAUGAUUCGGAUCUUCUUUUCCUGGAGCUGGAUCGAGAUGGCCGGAAGGUCCAGCAGCCACAGCUUCUAGAUGUUGAUGAAUUACUAGAAAAGUCCUUGGAGCCAAUCAUAACAUCAACACACGAUUUGCUUGGUCCUUCCGCGAUACCACAGCUCUUGAAAACCAUUCGUGCGGACUACAGAAAUGCACUCAACAAGCUACAGUCUACACUAGAGUCCAAGUGCCUACCUCGAAUAACAGACGACCUCGGCUUUUAUUGUGCAACCCCUUUCAGCUCGGAUGGAAAGCUCUUAUUGUUUCGCAUCGACAACAGAAAGUCCCAUGAGGAAAGCUCGAACCACGUGCCAAUAAAGUCCACUAAAGGAUUGGUGGUUUAUGACCUUGUCAACGACGUGCGGAAACAUAUUCUGCGCCAUCAUACAGAUACAAUUUCGUGGGCAGGCUUUAGUCCAGAUGAUCAGAAUAUCGCCACCGCAUCAUUUGAUGGCACCUUUCGCAUCUAUGAUACUACUACCGGGAAAUGCAAGCAUGUCAUUGGACCUAUGGGAGGACAAGGUUCGAGAGGUCAAUGGUCUCCGAAUUCGAAGCAUGUCCUGUUCACCGGUUGCAAGAAGAAAACUCUUGAGGACCAAACCGUCAAACAGACCAUGUUUGUCACCGUUUACUCUGCCGAGACUGGACAAGAGGUUGCAGACCUCACACACGACGACACCUAUAAGAGGGUGCUUAGCGUAGCCUGGUCUUUGAGAGAUGAGAUUGCGAUAAACUCUGAAGCGAAGCUCUUGAUUUGGAAUCCGUUCAACGAUACGAUCAAAACUUCGUUCGUCCUCGAGAUCGAAGAUCGUAUGAUGAGAGCCUUUGCACGUAGCAUUAGAGUCAAAUGGUUAGAAGAAGGAAGGGUCUUACUCCUCAAGAGUAGUGACGGCACAAUCGAAAUGUGGGACCAAGACAAGAAUGUCAAAUGGAGGUUGGAGAAACCUGCGGGAAUUGGUAUGAUCAGAUCUGCUUAUGGAGAACACUGGCUUGAGCAGUCUAGGACUUUGAUCAGUCUGGAUAUGGAUGGGUAUUUGAGAUUCUACAACUUGUAAAGACGUUACAAGGUCAUUGUAUCGUACGGCGGUAUAUUGCAUACUUUGCGAAUUUUUGCGCAGCGAUAAUACGAGCCUCUAACCAGCUGUAGUUCAAGCCUGAGGCAGAUCUCUCGAGAAACGAAGUCUUCCCAACAAGGAAGGCAUAAACGCUGGGAAGC